AUGCCCUUGUAUAUCCGCUUUGUUGCAGUAUUCAUUGUCAUAUUUCACUUGAUCUUUUUGGUAGAAAGCAGUGAAUCGAUUCUCAUUGAAUUUUGUAAUACUUUACUGUCUCUCUGUGAUAUGUCUGGUGCCCUUCCACUGACAAUCAAUAGCUUGAAGCAUAAAACAGGAUUUAACAUGGCAACAGACGGAAUGACAGUAUACAUUGCAUGCUCACAAUGUCAUUCGAUUUAUCCUUUGGAAACAAGUCAAAGAGUCUAUACAUUUAAGAAAUUCUCUCAAUCUGCCAUUUGCAACAACAAUCUCUUUAAAGUGUCAACUGGAAAUUAUUCUCUUCCAGCAAUGAUAUAUCCAUUCAACUCUGAAGUACGCCUUGCAACAAAAAUUCUCCAAGCCAGAUUUCAUGUCCAAGAUCAAUUUCGAAUGAUUCAGAUAUGGCGCGAGUGUAACUACAUCAUUGAAAAGAAUCAGUUAACUAUGCAAGAGCUUGCCAAUGGUAUUGUUGUACCUUGUGGAUAUGCGCGUAUAACAAAGAAGAUUGCCGAUGGGUUUUCGUUCAUGAAAGCUGACGAGUGGAAGUCGUGGUGCGUCAUAUACUCUCCAUUUGUUCUGAAGCAUGUGCUCCCAGCCAAGAAUCUCGAAAACUGGAUUUUGUUUGUUGACGCAUGCCGCUUACUCACAAAACCUUCGAUCAAUGACAAAGAAAUAGACGAAGCCCACAGUAAACUCCAAUUGUUUUGUACAAGAUUCCAGACACUGUAUGGAAAAUCGGCCGUGACACCGAAUAUGCAUCUACAUCUUCAUCUUGGCGAGUGUGUUCAUGACUUUGGGCCAAUUUAUGCUUUCUGGUUAUUCAGUUUCAAGAGAUACAAUGGUUUGUUGAAGAAUAUUGAAACAAAUCAAAAAGGCGGCUUCGAAUCAACAAUGAUGAAGAGAUUUUUGGAGAGAACAUACAUUGGCAGCUUCAUACAAUCUUUCGUCAACCAUCUCCCCCAGUUCGCAAUUGACUUUCUGCAUCGCAUUUCAAAUAGUCAAGAUCAAUUAGCAGCAUUGCAUCCAUCUUCUACUGCCAGUACCUUUUCUCUGUCUGACUUUGUUGAAUAUUCGUUAAACCCUUGUCAUUCUGCUUUGGGUUGUGAGCUGUUGCCCCCUUCAGUGUUUCCGAUUAAACUCGACCAAAGGAUUACAAUGUGCAAGGGACAUUAUGAAUGUUUAUUGGAGUUUUACAGACACGCGUAUGGCAGUCACGAUCUUUUUGGCCAUUAUUCAAACUGCGAGUCUAACCAGAUUUUUGUCAAUAACCGAAUUGAGAAAAUGAAACGGAUAUCUCUUCUUGGACAGGAAUACUCUUCUGGAUCUUAUUUCCGCACCUAUUAUCUUGAGAAUAACAGUGAAGAUAAAGCAGCGUUUCCUGGCCGUAUACUGUAUUUAUUUCAACAUUUGAUAACCAUCAACGAAACUGUCAUCACCCAUACUUUUGCAUUUGUUGAGUGGUACUCUAGUUAUUCUUUGGGGAGUUACCAGCCAAUGUUAAAUGAAGGCAUUGAGCUCUGGAAUGAACCUUCUUCUGUACUUAAUUAUGAAUGUAUUAUUCCAGUACAUCGUUUAUAUUCACCAAUCGCAAUUGCUAAAUAUAGGUUUACUAUAACUAGUGAAUUUAAACGUUUAGUAACCCCUUUACCCCAAAAAAUAGAAGCUUAA